GCGGGCAGCGUGGGGCCGCCGAGGCGCGCUUGGGGUUCGGGGCCGCCGCCACCGCCGCGCCUGGGAGAUGUGCCCGGAGGAGGGCGGCGCGGCCGGGCUGGGCGAGCUCCGCUCCUGGUGGGAAGUCCCGGCCAUCGCGCACUUCUGCUCGCUCUUUCGCACCGCUUUCCGUCUGCCCGACUUUGAGAUCGAGGAGUUAGAAGCAGCUCUUCACAGAGAUGAUGUGGAGUUUAUCAGUGACCUGAUCGCCUGCCUGCUUCAGGGCUGCUAUCAACGAAGGGAUAUCACGCCUCAGACAUUCCACAGCUACCUGGAGGACAUCAUCAACUACCGCUGGGAGCUUGAAGAAGGGAAGCCCAACCCUCUGAGAGAAGCCAGUUUCCAAGACCUGCCCCUUCGCACUCGUGUGGAAAUCCUGCACCGCCUCUGUGAUUAUCGGCUAGAUGCAGAUGAUGUCUUCGAUCUUCUCAAGGGUUUGGAUGCAGACAGUCUCCGCGUGGAACCCUUGGGCGAAGACAAUUCUGGGGCACUCUAUUGGUAUUUCUAUGGAACACGAAUGUAUAAGGAGGACCCGGUGCAAGGAAAAUCCAAUGGAGAACUCUCCUUGAGCAGGGAAAGUGAAGGACAAAAAAAUGUCUCUGCUGUUCCUGGGAAAACAGGAAAAAGAAGAGGAAGACCCCCAAAACGGAAAAAACUACAGGAGGAGAUUAUAGUGAGUGAAAAGCAGGAAGAAAACUCUUUGACAUCUGAGCCACAGACACGAAAUGGGUCCCAAGGGCCAGGUCAAGGCACUUGGUGGCUCCUGUGCCAAACAGAAGAAGAAUGGAGACAGGUCACUGAGAGUUUUCGGGAGAGGACGUCCCUUCGAGAACGGCAGCUCUAUAAGCUCCUCAGUGAGGACUUCCUGCCUGAGAUCUGUAACAUGAUUGCUCAGAAGGGAAAUCGUUCACAGCGCACAAAGGCAGAGUUGCAACCUAGGUGGAUGUCUGACCACCUGUCCGUCAAAUCCAUCAAGCGAGAGGAGACCCCUGUGCUUACCAGAAUAGAAAAACAGAAGCGCAAAGAGGAAGAGGAAGAACGUCAGAUUCUUCUGGCAGUGCAGAAGAAGGAGCAGGAGCAGAUGUUAAAGGAAGAGAGGAAAAGAGAGCUGGAGGAAAAGGUCAAGGCAGUGGAAGAUCGAGCAAAGAGGAGAAAGCUCAGGGAAGAAAGGGCAUGGCUGCUGGCCCAAGGGAAGGAGCUCCCCCCAGAACUUUCCCAUCUGGACCCUAAUUCCCCCAUGAGAGAAGAAAAAAAGACUAAAGACCUCUUUGAGUUGGAUGAUGAUUUCACUGCCAUGUAUAAAGUUCUAGAUGUGGUAAAAGCUCACAAGGAUUCCUGGCCCUUUUUAGAACCUGUGGAUGAAUCGUAUGCCCCAAACUAUUACCAGAUUAUUAAGGUCCCCAUGGAUAUCUCAAGCAUGGAGAAGAAACUGAAUGGAGGUUUAUACUGUACCAAGGAGGAAUUUGUAAAUGACAUGAAGACUAUGUUCAGGAAUUGUCGAAAAUAUAAUGGGGAAAGUAGUGAAUAUACCAAGAUGUCUGAUAACUUAGAGAGGUGUUUCCAUCGGGCAAUGAUGAAGCAUUUUCCUGGUGAAGAUGGAGACACAGAUGAAGAGUUUUGGAUCAGAGAGGAUGAAAAGCGAGAGAAGAGACGGAGCCGGGCUGGGCGAAGCAGUGGAAGCCAUGUUUGGACCCGCUCCAGGGACUCUGAAGGGCCCAGCAAGAAACAGCAGCCCGUGGAGAAUGGAGGAAAGUCCUUGCCACCUGCCCGCCGCGCUUCCUCUUCUGGGGAUAAUCAAAGCAGCAGUUCCACACAACUCCCUCGGGAGGUGGGCACCUCAAAUGGCCGAGGCUUUUCUCGUCCCCUACAUUAUGGUGGGAUGCCCAACCAGACACCCCUUUUAAACCAGAUGAGGCCAGCAGUACCGGGAACAUUUGGCCCUCUUCGAGCAUCAGAUCCUGCCAAUUUAUAUGUCUCCUCUAGGGUCCCAGAACCACACCCUGGAGAAACUAUACAGCAGCACCAGCCUUUUGCCAUGCCGCCUCCAGUUGGAAUUAACAACCACCGAGGACCCAGGCUAGGCACUCCAGAAGAGAAACAAGUGUGUGGGGGGCUGACACACCUUAGUAACAUGGGAUCACAUCCUGGAUCCUUGCAGCUUAGGCAGAUGGGUGGCCCUAGUCAGGAUGGAAAUAUUUAUCCCCCAACUCAAUUCCAGGCAGGAUUUAUUCCUCCCAGGCAUGGUGGGGCUCCAGCCCGACCCCCAGACUUUCCUGAAAGCUCAGAAAUUCCUCCUAGCCACAUGUACCGAUCAUACAAGUACCUGAAUCGAGUACACACUGCUGUCUGGAAUGGGAACCAUGGUGCUACAAACCCAGGACCCUUGGGCACAGAUGAGAAGCCCCCCAUGGGGCCAGGACCGUCUCACCAGCCUCGCAGUCUUGGUCACAUGAUGGAUUCCCGAGUGAUGAGACCUCCUCUCCUUCCAAAUCAGUGGACUGAACAAUCAAGCUUUCUACCUCAUGGAGUUGCUUCUUCAGGGUAUAUGCGACCACCCUGUAAAUCUGGUGGACAUCGGUUACAGCCACCUCCCGCCCCAACGCCAAGUUCUCUUUUUGGAGCACCCUCCCAAGCUCUGCGGGGGGUGCCAGGAGGGGACUCCAUGAUGGACAGCCCAGAGAUGAUUGCCAUGCAGCAGCUUUCUUCCCGAGUUUGCCCACCAGGUGUGCCUUACCACCCCCGACAGCCUACACCCUCCCAUUUACCUGGCCCUUUUCCGCAGGUAGCUCACUCGGCAUCAGUAAGUGUGUCAGCCCCCAAGCCUGCCUUGGGGAACCCUGGGAGGACACAGGAUAACAGUGACACACAAGAGCCUGAGAAUGACCGAGCAGAUCCCUUGCCUGGGCUUGAGGAGAAGCCAUCAAACAUUGGUGCUUCAGAGGGGGUGUACCUCAAACAACUACCUCACCCUACACCUCCCUUGCAGACCGACUGCACCAGGCAGAGCUCACCACAAGAAAGGGAGACAGAGGGCCCAGAGCUCAGAAGCGACUCCUCAGAAUCUGGAGACAACUGUAAAGCAACAAAGAGCAAGAAUACCUGGCCCCCAGAGAGCAACUAUACCAGCCCAGCCACCCAAGGAUGUAUGCGAGACCUCUCCACUCUGGCAGAUAGAGGGCCUCUACCUGAAAAUGGAGUAAUUGUUGAAGCAUCCCCAUGUGGAUCAGAGGGGAAAGGCCUUGGUGGUAGUGGUUCAGAAAAGCCACUCUGCCCCAGAGGCAAAACGCUACAGGAAACCAUGCCGUGUACAAGACAGAACCCAGCUACACCUCCCAACGCAGACCCCAAUCUCAUGGGAGGCACUGUAAGCCAGUUUUCUCCCUUGUACAUGCCUGGCCUGGAAUACCCAAAUUCAGCUACACAUUACCACAUCAGUCCAGGCCUGCAAGGUUUGGGCUCUGUGAUGGGAAGUAAACCCUCAGUAUCCCAUCCUCAGCAUUUCCCCCCUAGGGGCUUUCAAUCUAACAACCCUCAUUCUGGAGUCUUUCCCCGGUAUCGCCCCCACCAAGGAAUGAGGUAUUCCUACCAGUCACCACCUCAGCCUUCCUACCAUCACUAUCAGCGAACUCCUUAUUAUCCGUGUCCACAGGGCUUUUCUGACUGGCAGAGACAUCUUCAUCCCCCGGGAAGCCCAAGUGGGCUCCCACCUAAUCCACCCCCUCCAUCGAGGCCCCUCUUCCCAGAUAAGAGCAGCUUGGCUAACCUGCAAAGCUGUGAGACACUGAAUGCUGCCUUAACUUCCCCAACCCAAAUGGAUGCGGCGGCCGCUAAAGUCGUCUCAGCUGAUGGGCAGAAUCCUGGUCCAGAGGAAGAGAAGCUGGAUGAGUCUAUGGAGAGGCCAGAGAGUCCCAAAGAAUUUUUAGACCUGGACAACCAUAAUGCAGCUACCAAGCGGCAGAGCUCAUUGUCAGCCAGCGAGUAUCUUUAUGGAACUCCUCCUCCGCCUCUGAGUUCAGGGAUGGGAUUUAGUUCAUCUACUUUCCAGCCCCAUGGUGUGAUGCUACAGACGGGGCCCCCUUACACACCUCAGCGGCCAGCCAGUCAUUUCCAGCCCAGGGCUUACUCUUCCCCCGUGGCUGCUCACCCCCCUCACCAUCCAAUGGCUGCCCAGCCCAAUGGCCUCUCUCAGGAGGGCCCCGUCUAUCGCUGCCAAGAAGAGGGCCUGGGUCACUUUCAAGCUGUAAUGAUGGAACAAAUUGGCACUGGAAGUGGAAUAAGGGGACCCUUCCAGGAAAUGUACAGACCAUCAGGAAUGCAAAUGCAUCCAGUCCAGUCACAGUCCUCGUUCCCAAAGACCCCAGCACCAGCAACGUCCCAGGAAGAGCUGCCACCACAUAAGCCCCCAACACUUCCUCUUGAUCAGAGCUAGUCCAAGGAGGGAAUAAACCCCAAGGAAACAGAAAGCUGCGCGUGAAGACUGGAACAUGGAGAAUUUAGGGAAACGAUCCUUGCCCAUCUCUAUUCCUGUUACCCUACCACACCCCUUCACAGUGCAUCCCGUCAUGCCGUCCAAGAGCUGGAGCCAUUCCCGGAGCCCUAGAAGGAUACUCCUUAGACUAACACCAGCUUGCAAAGGUCCUUGGUUGGGGAUCUCUUGUAUGGCUGAUGGUCAAGAACAAAUGAACUGAAAUCAGCGAUGACUUUUCUAAGUGCUGAGAGUUUUGUUCAGGGAAAAUCAUCUUAGACUUGGGGGAGGGGGUCAUACUUAAGAAUGGAGUGGUGCUCGUAAACUUUCAUGAGCAGCUAAACUCAGGUAUAUAUUUGGGGAAGGGACUACUCGUAGUAUUAAUGUGUUUGGAGCUGGGUCCAGUUUACAGAAUUUUCAUGUUGCCUUUUAAAAUAAUUUUUGUUGUUGGUGGUGAAUGUAUUGUACAUAAGUGGGAAGGGUGGGUGGGGAUGUGGAAGAAAUGGAAGUCCUAACUAUGGUGGGCACACAGCACUAGAGUAAUCUUAUCUGUUUACAAUCAUGUCACACUGAAUACUUUUGGGAGCUGGACAAGAGGGUAGGAAGAGUUUACUCUUGUAAAUUGUCACUGUUUCCUCAGUGGCUAGCAAUCCCUUGUUUGUUAAAGGCCUUCUUUCCAAUCAGCCCGAGAAGGCAUCGUUGCACUGCACCCUGACUGUUGAGUUUCUCAGUUCGGAGGCGCAGUGCUUGCACAUGGUCUACCAGAAGUGUCAGCCUAGGAGACAGGCUGCCCUCUCAUCCAGUGGCCCAAAGCCUGGAUUUCAGAGAGCAGUGCCCUUCCUGAUUUGCCACCAGCCCUACCAGAUAGUUGUAAAGCAAUAUCAGGAAUUGGGAUCACUAGAGUGUUUUGCUUAUUAGAGUAUAAAAUAAAUCGGCCUAUUCACAGACCUGCCGGGACUGUGAUCUGGUAGACAUCACACAAAGCUUUCUGGCACAAAUCACAUUUUGUGGAAGUGACUACUCAGGUUUGUAUAUGUUAGUAUCAAUAAAGAAAUUGCACAGUUUUGAAUAGGAAAAAUGUAUUCUAUAGAUUUACAGUUUGAACUUAGGAAUAUCUCGGUAUAUAUAGUUUUAAUUCAUUUUAAGUGAAUCAUAGUAAAAUAAGUCAUGGUGAUUUAAGGUAGCUUUCAGGAGCGAGUUCUUGGAAAUCAUUUGUCAUAUCUGUGAUAGGAAACAAUUUUACAGUAUUAAAUUACUUUGUUACAGUUUUAGAAGUGAAUCACACUGGAUUGUCCUUGUUUAGCAUUCUGUAUUUGAUUUUAGCUGAGAUGCCACCAAAGUUAGGACUCCUAUGUUUUAAACUUCUGAAUAUCCCACAAAAGAAAAAAAAACUAAGGAAAAAUGCCCUGAAAUUAACAGGUUUUGUAAAAAAUAGCAUAUUUUUAAGCAUGACUUCGGGAUAGUAGAAAAACUUCCAUGUAAUAUUAAUCUGCCCUAGUUUCUUACAAAUUCAGCCUUAUAAGGGGCCAUUAGGAUCUUUCCCUCCAAUUCCAGCAUCCUUGAUGAAAUGUGGAACUGUCAUGUUUAAAGUUUGCUAUGCUGUUUAGGAAAAGAAACAAAUUGGAAAUAUCCAUGUUAUACAGAUGGAACCCAAGUCACCAGCUCCAGUGUAAAGGAAAUUCAUACAAAUAAGGGAAUGCUUAUUGACCUGGCGUUGUGGCUUAUAGCUCAGGCAGGAUUGAGAGUUGUGUAGGGAACACAGGAGCCUUUAAGAUAUGAUGCACAAAAAUACAAAUUUUUUUCUCUAAUAGACUCCAGUUUUAAAUUUGGUGUGCUUUUAAGUGGAAUGAGUUUUGAGGCUGUGUUCUCAUUUGGUCCUAAUUCUGGUUAGAAAGCUGUCACGGGUAUGAUCUGGUUUGGAGGAGUGACGAGGUCAGCACUGUCCUGUAGGAAGAACAGAUUUGAUGGUUCAGCCCUUGAACUAGUUUACGCUAACGUGGCUGAUGCAUGACUACUUGUGUUUUUGCGUCUGUGUAGAAGCAGGGAGGAGAGAACGACCAGCUGGUCUUGUCUUCUCACGUGGAAGUUGGUGUGAGUGAGAGGCCUUUGGCUGCUGCCUGACUAGGAGCAUGGUAGCCACAAGGUCUGUUCCCCUGGUGCUGAGGUUGGAGGCAUUGCUUUGUGCUGAAUGACCCUGGGGCAUGCGUAGGAGUGGACCAUAAAGCAAUAGUUGGGCUGAUCUCUGCCCUUUUUCCAUCCCCCCUGCUCAAGGUAACCUAUUCUCAUUCUCCCAGCCCCUUACCCCUGUUACCUGUUGCUAGAGAAAAGCUAUGAACAAUAUAGGAAGAAAUCAAUAAAUUCUUUUAUCCUGAACCUCCCUUCUUAGUAUGUAUAGAUGUGAAAAAUGUUAAGGAAGAGCAGUAUCAAGUAUUGAACUACUGUAUCAUCUCAACACUGGGAACAAGGACAACAACAGACUUGCCAGCCUUGUUGUGUCCCAUGGGGGAACUGGGUCAUGCAUUACAGGUACCAGCACUUCAGCCCUUGCCUGCUGUCUCCUGAGCUUUUACUGGUCUUUGAAGCACAGAUCUGCUAAAAGCAGUCAGGAGUUGAGCAGCUGCAAGAUUGCAGGAACACAUGUGACCAUUGAGCUGCUGUGAACCGCUGUUCCGCUCUUACCCCAAGCAGGACCUUUUCUUCUCUUCUUUCUCCUCUGGCACUUCUCUUCCCAAGUGUCUUAAGCAGAUACAAAUGCAUUUUCCCUCUUCUCCAUGAGGGGAUGGUGGUGUGUGAUAUUUAUAACGAGAAAGUAGUGUGUGAAGAGGUCCUAAAAAUGGUCUGUCAUCUAGGAGGACUCUGACAUGGUGUCUGAGGGCCCACUCUCAGGAGUCCCCAGGAGGGGGUAUCUGGGCUCCACGGGGAAUGAGGACACUCCCACCUGUUUGAUUGAACAGUCCUGGCUAGCCUUUAUUAGAGUUGUUAAUAAGUUAGAAUCUUUUUCCCCUAAGGCCCAGGAGAAGUAAAUGACCCAGAAAGAAAAGUAAAGCUUUUUGGAAGGUUUCUGGUUUGGGUUUGUUUUGUUUGUUUUUCCCAUCAGAGUCUGUUCAUUUAAAAAGUAGCUGUUGGCUGAAAUGUAUUAUGGUGAAUGCAUGUGAAGAGUAAGUAAGGGCAAAAUGUGCAGAUUCUUGUUCGUAUAACUUCUUCCAUCCCACCUUCUAAAAAUAAAAUUAAAGCCACUCCACCUCUCCUUAAUCGCGUUGGUUGGUUCUGGUGGUACACAUGAGCUGCUUAUUCAGGAUUCUUUUAUUCUCCGUGAGCCCAAGUCAGACUGCUCUCAAAAGGCAAAACUCUGUCAUGCUCAUCUUCAUUUUUAUGUUGAUUGAAAACCUGAAGACCUGUAGAGUGUGUGUGCACCUUAAUGCACUCAGACCGCAGCUUUCAGUGUCGAUUUACUGUGGCCUAGCACCAGACCUUGAAAGUGCUUCUCAUGACUAACUAUUAGGUGUCAUUAUCCCAUGGCAUUUGUCUGCUGUAUUAUUAUUUAUGGUAAUUCCUACUGGAGUCAAAAAGGAUGCUAAGUGCCGUCCAGAACACGCAAAAUCCCAGUGUUGCGGUCAUCACAGAUGUCAGAAACAAACUCUCAAUCCAUACCACUUGGUUGAAUUUUUCAUCCCUUUUUUUUUCUUUACUGGAAAUUCAAAUCUACAAAUAUUAUACUGCUCUUAAGACCUGAUCUGAAAUUUCACAGCAAGUCUUAACCCAGCAGUCCCAAGGCAAGGGCAUUCACGUAGUGUCCGAAUGCUGACAUGCAUUCGAAGAAAUGAAAGGUUUAGAGUUUUCUAGCAUUAUUGCUACCCACCCCACCUUGUGACUGUCAGUCCAUUCACCCCUGCCAGAUUCUGCAUGGACCUCCAGUGAGGAAGUCAGCUCCAUGUGUGUGUGACUCAAGGACUGUUGCAGCUCAGGGGUUUCUGGAAUGUAGUGUCCUGGCUGAUAGCUUUCUGUUCAAUACUCCAGUGAGAAUACUGGGAAUUUCGGUUGAGCAUACAGAGGCUUUUAUUCCUGGGCUCACAUCACUGUCUAGGAACUGAGAAUGUGAUUGAGAUUUGCUACAUGAGAAGAAACCCUUUCCUUUUCUCGUGGGUUGUACUCUCUGUAAUAUGGAGCCUUAGGACACAGAGCCUUGCCCUGCUUUUCAUUUGGGUAAACAGAACUUGAGUGAACAUUUUUGCAUCCCGUCUCUCAUGAAGCUGUGACAAAAGCUUUGUCUCCAGGUUGGGUGCUUAUCUGUCUCUGCUUUGUAGGCCUUUGCUAACCAGAAAUUUAGAGGGCCUGUCUCCCCAGCUAGUCUUUGUCUCUCACUGUGUACCAGGGGACUGACUGAACUUUUAUGUAGAAAUGCCUGAUACCCAACUGAUUGUCUUGCAUGUGUUUUUGAAAAGGGUGGGAUGGGGUUGGGAACAGGGGGUGUGGAUAUUGAGUAAGUUAUUGAAAUGCUGAACCCCGUUCAGUAUCCUUCGUGUGACCCCUUUUCCCUAGCUGGGACUCGGGUGCCUCACUCUCCUGCCUUGCACACAGCUCCUGGGAGCCCAGGCCCGUCUCCACCAGCCUGCGGCACACGGUGUCAGGGAUUCUUUGCUCCUGCUGCAAAAGCCGUGUGAACUUUCCUGGCCAGUACUGGAAAGGGGAAUGCUAUUUAUUUUUAUAUUGUGUAUAUUUUGUCGUGGUCUGCUGAUUCCCUGUUUCACUGAGAGCGACACUUACCUCAAUAGUUAGUUCGAUAUUGUGUGUUGGAUAAUUUUUUAAAAGAACUUUUUAAAAAGCUUUUUGAUCCUCAGAGGUCUGUAGAUUUAUUUCCAUAUGAACUGGUUAUUUUGUAUAAAGUACAUUCUUAAAAUAGCAA